CAAUAAUAAGUACUUUCAUCACUUCCGGUAUUCUAGAAAAAAAAAAAAGUUUGACGCAAUUUAUAAAUUUCCGAAGAAAGCUUUGAUUUAUGUUUUCAUCUGAAUUACUUUACUUGUAAAAGAUGUUUGCUGCUCGAUUUUCGGGAACCUGUGUACCAUUGACAGCUUUUGUGUCUGGUUUGAGCAAAAGUCGGUCAGUAAAGCCUGUGAUCAGAGCCUACAAUGUGACAAGAGCGCAGACAUAUGCAACCCAACCUAAGGCUUCUAGGUUUGCUAGAAGACAGCAAACCGCUGAGGCAAAAACAAUAAAAGAAAGAGUGAUGGCACCAGCUGGCGAGGGUGCCUUCACAGCUGGACGAGGUCUUGUAGCUGCAGCAUCUGGUGUGGGACUUGCCAUGCUUGGCUUUUAUGGUUUGGGCUUAUCAAAUGAAGCUGGAGUCCUGGAAAACUCUGUUUUAUGGCCAGAAUAUGUGCGUGCACGAGUGAGAGACACCUACAUGUAUUUUGGAGGAGGCAUUGCAGUGACAGCUGCUUCAGCUCUGGCUGUGAGCAGGAACCCAACAAUAAUGAAUAUGAUGACAAAAAAUUCUUUACUGGCAAUUGGUGCGACAAUAGCUGCAAUAAUUGGAACAAAUGUUUUGUGCCACUCAAUUCCAUACAAGAAGGGAUUUGGUGCUAAACAGCUUGCCUGGCUGACACAUGCUGGUGUGAUGGGAGCAGUUGUGGCCCCACUGGCGUUCCUUGGGGGUCCAAUACUCAUCCGAGCUGCCUGGCUCACUGCUGGUGUUGUUGGAGGAUUGUCAGCAGUGGCUAUGUGUGCACCCAGUGAGAAGUUCUUGAACAUGGGAGGCCCGCUGGCCUGUGGUUUGGGUCUUGUAUUUGCUUCUUCCAUUGCGGGAAUGUUUUUGCCACCAACAACAGCCCUGGGCGCAAGCUUAUACUCUAUCUCGGUGUAUGGUGGCCUGGUUCUUUUCGGAAUGUUCCUUCUGUAUGACACACAGAAGAUUAUGAAGAGGGCAGAGAUGCACCCACAAUAUGCUAUGCAGCCAUAUGAUCCUGUUAAUGCAUCUAUUGGGAUUUAUGCAGACACACUGAACAUUUUCAUCAGGAUUGCCAUGAUCUUAGCUGGUGGUGGUGGCAGGAGAAAAUAAAUGUGAUAGAACAAAGUGAUGAAUUACAGUGAAACAAUUUGAUCUGUUUUUGAAAUUUACAGACAUUGUCUUACUAUUCUCAAGUUGAAAGUUUUGUUUAUCAGGAUCUUUAAUAUGUAUUCCCUAACAUUGGAUAAUGCGUUGGUGCACAGCUUUCCUGAAUUUUUGUAUGCAUUUAGGGGUAAAACAUGUGUUUUGUGAAGGACUGGCACAUACAAAAAUUGGAAAAAGAAACCUUGUGAAUAUUUUGUUUAUUUCGAUGUUUAGUGCAUAAAUGUUUAUGUGAUGAAGUAUUUGUAUGAAGUACUGUAUUUGUUAAAUCUAUUUGCAUGUUUUCAAUAAAUGAAAUGAAGGUG